AUGGGGGGCGGUGGAUCGGCCCUGAGGGUCUGCGCCGAGCACCGCGGGGGCAUCAACUGGCUCAGCCUGAGCCCGGACGGGCAGCGCCUGCUGACGGGCAGCGAGGACGGCACGGCCCGGCUCUGGCGCACCGCGGACGGCCAGUGCUGUGCUCUCCUGCAAGGACACGAGAGCUACGUGACCUUCUGCCAGCUGGAGAACGAGGCCGCCUUCACGUGCAGCGCUGACUGCACCAUCAGGAAGUGGGAUGUGCUGACCGGGCAGUGCCUGCAGGUGUUCCGAGGACACACGUCCAUCGUGAACAGGAUCCUGGUCACCAACAACCAGCUCUUCAGCAGCUCCUACGACCGGACAGCUCGCGCCUGGAACGUGGACAAGGGGCAGGUGUCCCGGGAGUUCUGGGGCCACCGCAACUGUGUGCUGACUCUGGCGUACUCCGCCCCCGGGGACCUCCCCGGGGCUCCCUUCGAGGAGGAGGCUGUGGCCGGGGGGCUGCUGGUCACAGGCAGCACGGAUGGCACGGCCAAGGUGUGGCAGGUGGCCAGUGGCUGCUGCCACCAGACACUUCGGGGCCACACGGGCGCUGUGUUGUGCCUGGUGCUGGACACGCCGAGCCACACGGCCUUCACGGGCAGCACGGACACCACCGUCCGUGCCUGGGACAUCCUGAGUGGGGAGCAGCUGCGUGUGUUCCGGGAGCACCAGGGCUCUGUCAUCUGUCUGGAGCUCGCGAACCGGUACGUGUACUCGGGCAGCGCCGACAGGACCGUCAAGUGCUGGCUGGUGGACACGGGGGAGCAUGUGCGCACCUUCCCGGCCCACAGACACAGCGUGAGCGCCCUCAAGUACCACGCGGGCACCUUGUUCACGGGCAGCGGGGACGCCCGCGCGCGCGCAUUUGACGCCCAGUCCGGGGCGCUGCAGAGGGUGUUCCGCGGCCACGCCUUCAUCAUCAACUGCAUCCAGGUGCACGGCCAGGUGCUGUACACCGCCUCGCACGACGGCGCGCUGCGCCUCUGGGACGUGCGCGGGCUGCCCCGCGCCCCGCCGCCGCGCCCCGCCGCCCCCCAGCGCAGCCUCUCCCGCCUCUUCAGCAACAAGGUGGGCUGCGCCGCCGCCGCGCCCCUGCAGCCGGCCUGAGCCCGCCGGCACCCACCCACGGCCUCAUCCAGGCACCCACGGGGGAGCGCGCCCACCCCCCGGUGGCCGGAGGGGAGGCG